AUGAAUUCGACGGAGGUGGUGGCGACAAACGCCACAAAACCGUUUGACGAGAACUUCACAUUAGGAGAAACUGCGUUUUAUGUGAGCUGUGGUGUUGUCGGAACGCUGUUCAACUCAAUUGUGCUAUGGAUCGCGCUCAGAUACAUCAAUACGGAAGACAAACCGAGACAAAUCAUCGUGAUUAACAUGACAGUGGCGGAUCUUUUGAUGUGCAUCGUCUACAUGAAAACGCGUCCAUGGCUGAAAUACUUUGAUCCACACCUCUGCCAUCCCUACUAUCUGAUCAUAUGGACGUGUCAAAUGUGUAGUUGUCUGAAUCUCGUUUGGUUGAAUGUCGACAAGCUCAUCUACAUUCAAUUUCCGCUGCAUUACUAUCAAAUUGUCAACCGGACGAGGCUAUUAUGGGUGUCAGCUGCAACGUGGAUCGGGUUGAUUGCACUCAACAUUGCGCUUGUUAGCUUUCUGCAAGUUAAUGGAAGCUGCCUUCGAACAAUGCUCAAUCCAUACGUCUACAUUCUCAAUCCAAUCUUCUACGUCGUCAUGAUCAUCACAUCCUUCUCCCUAUCCGCUCUGAUCUACUGUAUUGCUCAUAACCUAACUCAUAUGGAGGAGAGACAGCGAUCGAAACUUUUCCGCCGCCUCUUCUUCCUUUUCUCCAGCACUCUAUGGACCUUUUUCACCUGCCUCCCAUAUCGCCUUCUUUAUCUAUUCAGCAGCUUCUGUGGAGAGUAUUGCCGCAACAGCGCCUACCACUUUGCCACCACUCUCUUCUUUCGGCUUCUGAUCGUUGGGAUCAUGAUCAACCCCGUGAUCACGAUUUGGACACAAAGGAUUUACCGCCUCCGUCUCAUGCGCUUAUUCGGCCGAAUCCGUGAGAACUCUUCAACCGAGGUGUUGAUGGUCAGCAAUCAUCGUGCCCCAGAAAGACAACCAGAGCAUACUCCACUUCGAUGUGAUAUGUAA